GAAAUAAGAACUACGAUGCUUAACUGCGAAUUGAAUGUAUUGACUGGACAGGAUGAGCGGGAGUCGCGAGUCGUAAAGACCACACAGGGGCCAGUAAGGGGAUACAAUAAUGAUGAGAUCUUUGAAUUUUAUGGAAUACCUUACGCUACUGCACCGACUGGGGCUAACAAGUUUCAGGCACCUCUUCCUGGGCCUUUAUGGAUACAUACUCUAGAUGCAGUUAAUGAUAAAAUAAUCUGUCCCCAAGGCUCUACCCCUGAGAUGCCAAUCGACUUAUCUCCGUACACUAUGCAAGAAGAUUGCCUAGUAGCAAAUGUUUUAAUGCCUGAUACUGAAAAAACAAACCUACCCGUGAUCGUUUAUGUUCAUGGUGGCGGUUACCAAUUAGGAUGGGGUCACAUAAUGUCUCAAAAGAGUUUAGUGAAAAGUAAAAAAGUAGUGGCGGUCAAUUUUAACUACCGUCUUGGAAUCCAUGGCUUCCUUUGUCUAGGCACCGAAUGGGCUCCCGGAAAUGCGGGUAUGAAAGACCAAGUUGCCUUGCUGCGUUGGGUAAAGAAAAAUAUUGCAAAGUUUGGAGGAAAUCCUGAUGAUGUGACCCUUGUCGGUAGCAGUGCUGGAUCUUCAGCGGUUGAUCUACUAAUGCUCUCAGAAAUGACCAAAGGUCUUUAUAAUAAGGCUAUACCAGAAAGCGGAGCAGGUGUAGGCGUUUGGAGUAUCCAAAUUGAUCCAAUUCAAAAUGCAAAAGAUUUUGCGAAGGCUAAUAACUUUACUAAAGUAAACAAUAUUAGACUUUUAGAAGAGUUUUAUAAAAGAGCACCAUUCGAAGUUUUAACCUCAGGUUUUUUCGGUAAUAAAGAUUCUUCUUUUAGUUUUGUUCCAUGUGUAGAACGUAACAUUGGAGUUGAAUCAUUUCUUAAAGACUCGCCUGUUAAUAUAAUAAAGAAGGGCAAAUACAGAAAAGUUCCAGUUUUAUACGGGUUUACAAAUUUGGAGGGUUAUACGAGACUGUACAGGUUUGAUGAAUGGUCAAAGCAAAUGAAUGAACGUUUUUCGGACUUUUUACCAGCAGAUUUACAAUUCAAGGAUGAAGAAGAGCGCGAAGAAGUUGCACAAGUCAUCAAAGAAUUUUAUUUUGGAGAUAAGGCAGUUGGUCCAGAGACUGUUCAGAGCUAUGUUGAUUAUUUCUCUGACAUUAUGUUUGUUUACCCACAUCUUAGAUCUACCAAAUUGCACGUAGAAGCUGGAAGUGAUUCGUUAUACUUGUAUGAGUAUACUUUUCAUUCUACUCCUCCACUAUCGGAUACUGCUCCUGGAUAUAUAAAGCAAUUAAAAGGAGCACCUCACUGCGCUCAGUCUGCGGCAUUAUAUGACAUGGACCAUGAUAUUAUAACCGAAGAUACAAGUGAGGUGUAUUCAAAAAUGAGGAACACACUGAGAGAAAUAUGGUUAAGCUUUGUAAUAACUGGAAAUCCCAUCCCCGCUGAAUCAAACCUACCAGCCUGGACACCGACCAACACCGACCGAUCUCCUUACAUGGAACUCGGGCAAGAGAUAAAGUUGAAGGGGCCUCUCUUGGAGCUGAGGGCUCGCUUCUGGGAUGACAUCUAUGAUCGCUUUUAUAGAAACCCAAUCCCGCCGUCACAGUUUUUUAUGAGAAGCGAACUUUAAUUCGAUUCUGUAAAUCUAAAAGUGAUUCAAUAACAAAUGGUUUUUUUGUUCAAUAAAAAAAUAUUUUGAAGUUAUAAUAAAUAAAAAUGGAAAAGUAUUACAUAAUCUAAUUUUAAUGUUUUUUGAUAAUAUAACUACAAAAAGGAACAUUAUAUAUCUACUACUUAAAGUUUGAGCGAUAAAUUUAGUUUUAUUUGAGUUACGCAAGUAAUCACAACACAUGACAAAGUUGUAGGUUGCAAAUCAGAAUGAUUGUUUUUAUUAGAAUCCCCGGCAGCAGUUUCGCAGGAAAAAAUUGUAAGGAAACCGGACUAAAUCCAACAUGGUCCUAUUUUACCAACUCCUCUGGUUUCGAAGGUCAGACGGCAGUCAUAGAAGUCCUAAAACUGUGUCGACACUGAAUCCUGGGGUGGCUUGCCAAAGAGGGUCCCAGGGUCUCAUGAGCCGUAUCAAAAUGCUGGGUUAACGUUAGGCACAGGUUUGUAGAUCUUUACAUACUCCGUUUCCUGAUUUGAAGUUUUGCUCUGCGCUAAGGUCCAGGCGCGUGUGCAUGGGAUAUAAAACAUAACAAACCACUUUUCUCAGAAGUAGUCCUGAAGACCCAAUGGUAGAUUUAAGAAGUGAAGCCACCAACAUUCAUAUUUUAUUUUAGUAAUAUUAUUAAUAUUAUAAAUGGGAAAGUGUG